CACUGAUGGACCCACCGAGGAUACGAAAACAUGUCUUGUACACGUGGACUCCCCUUUAAAACGUGUCUGCGAGUGUUUUUGGUGGCGCGCGGUGGGAUGUCUGAUAUCAGACAGCAAGGAUCAGAAGAGCAACACUGCCCACACUAAAAAAACAAAAGACCCCAAUAAGCAUCAGUCUCACAGUUCUUCACCCCCACUCCUCUCCUGAGACUGAUCUGGGGUGCAAACAGUUUUGGGCAGUUGGGUCAGGGCCAUGCCGAAGAUCAGGCGGAACCGCAGUGUAUGGAUGAUGGUCAGCACAGCAGAAAACUACGGGCCAUUACUGGCGGAGGCGGCCAUUCAGUGCUCAUUACUGAAUCAGGGGAGCUGCUGGUUUGUGGACAAAAUCACAAAGGCCAGCUUGGGCUCGGACACAUAUUGGAUAUCAUGACCUUUCAGCUUUGUCCUUUGCCUGGAAAUAUGACUGUUCAGCAAGUAUCUUGUGGAUGGGACUUCACCAUUAUUCUUACAGAUGACGGCCGCGUCUUGGCGUGUGGCUCCAAUGCUUUUGGACAGCUGGGUGUCUCACCACAAAUAAAACACACAGCAGAGCCGCUGCUCAUCAAGUCUUUGAGUGAAUCAGUCAUCAGUGUAGCUGCAGGGCUGAGACAUGCACUUGCAGUAACAGGUUCAGGUGUUGUAUAUCAGUGGGGUACAGGUCUGUCUGCUCAAGCAAAAAGAGCACUGAAUCCUCAGCCUGUCCCAGCCCACCUCAACUCACAGGAGCCCUGUUUAGUCCUAGGACUGGAACAGGUAACCUCCCAGAGAGUGGCUGCAGGGUCUGGCCACUCUGUCUGUUUGACAGAAACUGGGGAUGUGUUCCUGUGGGGCAGUAAUAAACACGGCCAGCUGUGCAGCAAGCAUUCCUUCCUGCCAUUUCCUUCUGCUUUAGAUCGCUCACUGCUAAACGGAGAGAGAGUUUCUGCAGUAUGCAGCGGCUGGACACAUGUAAUUGCUCAAACGGAGAGUGGGAAAGUCUAUACAUGGGGAAGAGCCAAUUAUGGACAGCUUGGGAGAAAAGGGCCGACUGAUGACGUCACAAUUCGAGACGCACUCUCAGGUUCUGAGACAAACCUACCAGCAGAGGUCAAGACCCUUCAUGGAGCAACUCAGAUUGCAUGUGGAUCAGAACACAAUCUUGCCAUUGUAGGGAAUCAGGUCUUGUCCUGGGGUUGGAAUGAGCACGGGAUGUGUGGAGAUGGCUCAUUUUGUGACAUCACACAGCCACAGCCAAUCCCUGUCCUUCGAGAUGCUAGACCUGUUCUGAUUGGCAGCGGAGCUGGGCAUUCCAUGGCCCUAUGUUCUUUGUCAAAGAGUGAAGAGUCUGGAAGCUGAACAUCUUUCAAAAGGUCCCAGUCUUCAGGUUUUUGAGUGUACACCUUGCAUGUAAUGGGUAGGUUAAAACAGGAGAUAUUUAUGUAAAGUUGUACAAUUACACAUCGCUGUAAGCAUUUAAAAUUAUGUAUGCAACCAUGCCCACCCUUUUACCAAUAAGACUGACCAUAAAGAGUAUACCAGUCAAAAACAGGUAUUUGAAAAGUCCUAGUUGCACAUUGACUGAAAAACCUUUCAGCCAACCUUCAGUGCAGUGGUUCUUCUAUUGCACUGUUCAAAUGCAUUUUAUUUUUCAAAUAGCACUCUGUAUCUAUGAAAAUGAAUUAUAUCUUUGCAAAGAAAAUAAUUGUUUUAUUUUGUAUUUUUUUUAUUCAUUAGCUGUACGGCGGUGAUCCUGUUUACGUACCAAAUAAUGCAAGUGUGUAAACCUGUAGCUCUGGGCUUUGAGUGGCUCCUUGGUCAAAGGCACUAGCAAAAUAGCUUGCAGACUAAGGCUUUGCCAUCAGCAGCAGGAGCCUGAGAGAAUUUACAGUGCUUUAUUCUAUGCAAAGGACAGUCACAAAACAGUAUGUCAUAAAAUACAAAAGAUGAUCUCUUCUGUUAGUUUUCUUUGAUUGUAUUGUACAACAUUGUACAAUUAGGUACAUACAUAUUUGAACAUGAACAAGUUGCUAUUUUAAUUGUCUUCUACAACCUACUCUUUUUAAGUUGUAAGGAAGCCAAAUAAUGUGACAAUCUAUACAAUUGCAUUAGUAUGAAGGGCAAGAAGAAUGGAGAACAAUAGUAAGCACUCAUGAUCCACAGUGUACCAGUAUACGUGUCAAGCAUGGUGGAGGUAUUGUUAUGGUGUGGGCAUAUAUGGCUGCCAAUGGAAUAGUUUUUCCUUUGUGUUUUCUCACAAUGUGUUUUAUUUGUGCCCCAGUUGAGCUCAACAAUUCCACCUAGAAAUGAUUGUCCCCAAACAUGUUAUUUUUGUGUGCACAUGCAGUUAUUACUGAUUUUAUUUCUGGUUUAUAAUUUUUAGCAAAUCAUUUUAAAUUUGGUUUGCGGUGUGUAGAAGUCAAAUAAGUAUUUAAAAUGCAUUGACUUUCAUUAAGAGUUUACAUGUUUUUUUUCUCUCUUCUGUAAAGUAAAGGAAGACCAAGAGUUGCACAGGAUAAGUUCAUCAGAGUUACCAGCCUCAGAAACCACAAGUAAACAGCUCCCCAGAUAAGAAUAUUUUGGUUUAUUUUACACUUUAAAGUUACUACAGGAUUCCUUAUGUGUUCCUUCAUAGUCUGGAUGAGUUCAGUAUCCCGUUACAAUGUAGGAAAAAUGAAAAACAUUAAAUAAGAAGGUGUGUCCAAACUUUUGAUUGGUAUUGUACAUACAGAUUAUUUGAAUUCUAAUCAAUAUUUCUUACUUUGCUUCAUGGUUUAUGCUCAGAAGUAUCAACUUUUUAUUAUAUCAGACAAGAUGAGCUUAUGUAAAAUGUGACAUCACUGUUGCCAACAAUAAGAGGUGCUACAGGUUUGUGAUGUAAUUCUUUGUGACCUGUGUGAUACUUUAACUUUACUUUAAACUUAUAAACACAAGUAACGAAAAUA